AUGGCUGUUGGAAAGAACAAGCGAUUGAGUAAGGGAAAGAAGGGGUUGAAGAAGAGAACGCAGGAUCCCUUCACCCGGAAAGAUUGGUAUUCGAUCAAGGCUCCGUCUACAUUCAACCAGCGAGAUGUCGGCAAAACCCUCGUGAACCGCACCACGGGUCUGAAAUCCGCCAAUGAUGCCCUCAAGGGCCGUAUCUUCGAAGUCUCGCUUGCCGACCUGCAGAACGACGAGGACCAUGCCUUCCGCAAGGUCAAGCUCCGGGUUGACGAGAUCCAGGGCAAGAACUGCCUGACCAACUUCCACGGAUUGGACUUCACUUCAGACAAGCUGAGGAGUUUGGUGAGGAAGUGGCAGACGUUGAUCGAGGCCAACGUCACUGUCAAGACCACGGAUGACUACCUUCUGCGGCUGUUCGCCAUCGCCUUCACCAAGCGUCGCCCCAACCAAAUCAAGAAGACAACAUACGCCGCUACCUCGCAAAUCCGGGCCAUUCGCAAGAAGAUGACCGAGAUCAUCCAACGCGAGGCCACCAGUGUCACCCUCGCCCAAUUGACUGGCAAACUCAUUCCCGAAGUCAUUGGACGCGAGAUUGAAAAGUCCACCCAAGGCAUCUACCCCCUCCAGAACGUACACAUCCGCAAGGUCAAGCUGCUCAAGGCCCCCAAGUUCGACCUCGGCGCUUUGUUGGGUCUGCACGGCGAGAGCGGCCAGGAUGACGAAGGCCGGAAGGUCGAGAGGGAGUUCAAGGAGCCCGCACCUCUGGAGAGCGUGUAA